AUGACGCCGCUCCCGCUGACGCGGCAGGGGUCGGUGUACUCGCUCACGUUCGACGAGUUCCAGAGCUCGCUCGGCGGGGCCGCCAAGGACUUCGGGUCCAUGAACAUGGACGAGUUCCUCCGCAGCAUCUGGUCGGCGGAGGAGAUACACAACGUCGCGGCCGCCAACGCGUCGGCGGCGGCGGACCACGCCCACGCCGCGCGGGGGUCGUCCAUCCAGCGCCAGGGCUCGCUCACCCUCCCCCGCACGCUCAGCCAGAAGACCGUCGACGAGGUCUGGCGCGACCUCAUGUGCGUCGGCGGAGGACCCUCCACCGCGCCCGCCGAGGCUGCGGCGCCGCCCCCGCCGGCCCAGCGGCAGCCCACGCUCGGGGAGAUCACGCUGGAGGAGUUCCUCGUCCGCGCAGGCGUGGUGAGGGAGGACAUGACGGCACCGCCGCCCGUACCACCGGCGCCGGUGUGCCCGCCACCUCCUCCGCAGCCGCCAAUGCUGUUUCCCCAUGGCAUUGUGUUUGAUCCCUUGGUGCCUCCGCUGCAAUUCGGGAAUGGGUUGGUGUCGGGGGCUGUCGGUCAGCAGCAGGGAGGUGGUUCUGCGGCCCCGGCGGUAUCGCCUCGGCCGGUGACGGCAAGCGGGUUCGGGAAGCUGGAAGGAGACGACUUGUCGUCUCUAUCGCCAUCACCGGUGCCGUACGUUUUCAGUGUUGGUUUGAGGGGAAGGAAGCCACCAGCUAUGGAGAAGGUGGUUGAGAGGAGGCAACGACGGAUGAUCAAGAACCGGGAGUCCGCCGCGAGGUCGCGUCAGAAGAAACAGGAAUAUAUGAUGGAGCUGGAAGCUGAGGUGGCAAAACUUAAAGAGCUAAACGAUGAAUUGCAGAAGAAGCAGGUCGAAAUGUUGGAGAAGCAAAGGAAUGAGGUCCUGGAGAGAAUGAGACGGCAAGUUGGACCCACGGCAAAGAGAAUUUGUCUGCGGAGGACAUUGACAGGUCCGUGGUAA